AUGAAAGGAAAAUCUGUGGUUUUAAGUGUGCUCAUAAUGAGUGUUGUCUUGGCGCAAAUUCAAGUAGAAGCAUCAAAGAAGUACUGCUGCGCUACCCAGGCUGAUUUUGGAAACCUUUUUAACUGCCUUUUUGGGGGAGACCCAGAAUUUCCUUGUGUAUACCGCAAUCACUGCAUAAUCAUUGACACGACAACUUGCCCUCCGGAAUUUCCUAUUUCGAGAUUUUCUACCAACAAUCUCGAAAACUCUGGGAAAAUUGUCGAUGAAUACUGCAAGUUGGGGUGUGCAUCCUCUGUGUGUGGUGCCAUAACCACUCUCCCAAAAUCUGACGCAAGUGAAAUCGUGAAUGAAGCUGUUGCACAAUGUACCAAUGCAUGCUCUACUUUCUGCUCCAAGGGCUCUAAAACCGCACAUGAAACUGCAUAA